AUGGCUUCAGUUGAGGAGCUCCGAUUAGCUGGACUGUUUUGCGAUGCGGUUCUUAAAGUUCAAGACUUUGAAUUUCCAGUUCACAAAAUCAUUAUGUGUGAAUGUUCUCCAUACUUCGAAGCUCUUUUCCUUCGGUGGUCCAGCCCAAGCCAGAGGGUUUAUAACAUACCUGGCGUCGCUCCUGUGAUGAUGGAGCGUAUCAUUAAGUUUGCAUACACAGGCUCUGUUCCUGUGGCGCUGGACAACGUGCUGGGCCUCAUGGUCGUGGCUGAUCAGUUUGAAGUAAGGGAGAUUGUACAAACCUGCAGCCAUGUCCUGGAGGAACAACUCUGCCCAGAGAAUUGCAUAAGCAUUUGGCAAUUCACAAGAACCUUCUCUUUCUCCGAGCUCCAUUCUAAAGUCCACCACUACAUCCUGGAUCGCUUUGAGGAAGUGGUUUCCAGUGAGCAGCUGCUGCAGCUCGGUGUCCAUGAAUUUGCUCAUUUCCUUGACAGAGAUGACCUUAUUUUAAGGACAGAGAGAAUUGUGUAUGAGGGUAUUAUGAAGUGGAUCGCCAAUGACCCAAAUCAACGAAAAGAACACCUCUGCUAUCUGAUGUCAAAGAUUCGGCUCUGUCUGAUGGGUUUACCUGACAUCAUGAUGAAUGUGCUGUCAAACGAUCUGGUGAAGAGCGACUCUCGGUGCCUGGCCAUGGUCACCAAAGCCUCCAGAAUCCUGCGUUACCUCAUCAAAAACUAUGGUGAUGAUAUCGUCUCCAACCCCUUUGCUCGCCCGCGCCUACCAAAUGCCAUUCUGUUGGCCAUUGGAGGCUUUCGCGAAGGGCAUCCCAUCAAUAGCAUCGAGGCAUAUGACAUCCGGGCCAACCGUUGGUCUAAGUUGACAGCCCCUGCAGAACCUCCUCGUAGGUCCCACGGCACCGCCUUCCUGAAUGGAUACAUCUAUUACAUUGGUGGCUACAACAGAGACGAGAUUUUCAACAGUGUGCGCAGGUUUAAUCCCACCAUGAACGUUUUUGAAGAGGUAGCACCGAUGCAUUCGCCCCGCACCCACGUCAGCGUGACUGUGCUGAAUGGGCUCAUCUUUGCCCUGGGAGGCUUUGAUGGGGAGUGGCGUCUCAGAUCUGCAGAGCACUAUCAGCCCGAGAGCAACCAGUGGACCCUCAUAGCACCCAUGAGCGAAAGGAGGAGUGACGCAAGUAGCACAGUCCUCCACGAGAAGAUUUAUGUUUUUGGAGGAUUUACUGGGUGGAUGGUCCUGCGAAGCGCUGAGUGCUACAACCCACAAACCAACCAGUGGACAAGGAUUUCUAACAUGAUUAGUCACCGCAGUGGAGUUGCAGCUGUUGCUUAUAAGAAUCUCGCCUAUGUGGUCGGUGGCUAUGAUGGCGUCAGCCGUCUGGCCAGUGCUGAGGUCUAUGAUCCGUUGACCAACACCUGGCGCAUGCUGCCCUCCAUGAGGAGCAGUCGCAGCAACCUUGGCAUCGAAGUGCUUGAUGAUCGCAUCUUUGUUGUUGGGGGCUUCGACGGCUUUUGCACCAUCCGUUUUGUGGAGUGCUUUGACCCGACGUUGAAUCUGUGGUCUGAUGUCCACGACUUGCAUGUCUCACGCCACACAGUGAGCUGCUGUGUGAUUUACGGACUCCCCAACAUGGAUUUCUACACCUUCAAUCGAGACAGUCUGCCAUUUAUUCAGGCAGACCAAGAGAUGGAGGAGGACGAUCAGGAGGAGGAGGAGGGUUAUUUCCGAGCGGUGGGGGCGCUGCUGGAGCUGCUGAAGACGACAGAGGACCCAUGA